CCGUUUACUUUGGACCUUGCAGCGCUUCCCGUGUGAUCGCUGCGUGCUGCGUGCGGGACAAGGCCCGUUCCAUCGACAUCCGCAUCGUUUGAAGACCAAGACGUCUGGUGCUCUUGGGUUUUGCAGCGUCGUCACGUCGUCGCUCAACUUUCCUUGCUGUUCUCAUGCUGCCAGUUGGGCCGGCCCAUCUUGGACGCCACGGUGUAAAACGUACUUGCUGGUCUAGGCCACCCCCGGGAAAUAGCCAUCAUGGAUCCCGGCUGGAGUGAAUGGAGCGAAUGGGUCUGGGAUGAUGGCCAGAAGCGCUGGUGGAAGGCGCGGCAGAAUAUUCAGGGCGAUGUGGAGUAUGACUUUUUUACGCCGCAUGGAAACGUCGACGAGCUUGUGUCUUCCUUUAAGGACAUGAACUUCGGCGCCCACCAAGAUACACACUACCCACAGGGUUCUGCCUACGCCUACGGCACCCUGAAUGGCACCGAGGGCGCCGCUGUCGCGGAAACCGUUUACGAUCAAGCUCCCAUGCCCACCCAUUCUGCCUCUCGCGCAAAGGGCAAGGCAAAGCCUACCGAUCCGCAUGGAAAGCCCAAAGGGAAAGACAGGGAGAAAGGCGCUGGCAAGAAUAACCGACCAAGGCCCUCCAGAGACGCCGGGAAUGAGAAUGCCGAGAAUGCGCGUCCCAACACGGCACCCGGCCCUUCGACACACGACGAGGCAUAUUCCACUACUUCCCCACCAAGCUCAGGUGCAGAGCCGCUAUUUGGUCAACCCGAAACAACGGAAGAAGCGGCAUCGUCCAGUCCAGGACAAUAUGUCCGUGGUAGGCACGACUCUGGUUUCGAAUCUGAGACGGUUUCGCGAUCUGCUGCUACGGCCGACUUGACGGCAGAAGAAGAAGACGACUACAAUCAUAUGUCUAUGGCCCGUAGCCCCAACGAGCCCGACAACUCCAACGAACAACUAUUUCAUACCGCGAUGUCGGAAGUCAACCCCUAUUUGACUGGUGAUGUUGACUCAUUUUACACAAGAGGGGGAUUGCCCUCGGCGUGGGCAGCGCAGAUCAAUUCGCACGACGGUUCCGUCCGAGACAAUGAUCGAGAUCCAUCGAAUCGUCCUACCCAGCAGCCAGCGGGAACUACGGUGCCCCAAGGUUAUCAGUAUCAGGACUCUGCCGUUGAUGGUGAUGGCAACUAUGAGGAAAGAGAACCUAACAUUCACGGUGGAUUUGUUGUCGAGCGUUCUUCGCGAUUCCAGCCUGGCGAGAACGGGAUGCCCUUCUAUCAAGGUUAUCGGCGAUUCAUCGUGGUGGCAAACGAUGAAGGGCAUUGCACUUGUGUGCCGAUUUUGACGUACGAACGCCAGGGUUGCCUCAAAAGGGGGGUGAAACCCUCUAAACACGGAAUCGUCUACCAGACAGGGACAAAGCCUCGGAUGCUUCCAGGCGAGCCCCAGCUGGGCUUCAGCCCGGUGCGAGUCAGGUUAUACGAGAGGACAGAAAAGCUCGUAAAGGAGUCACGCGUCAAUUAUGCGAAGCUCACUACUAUCGAGCACAACUUCCGCGUCUUCUUUAUUGGCAGUGUCGAACAGGACGACUUCCAGAAUAUCGUCAUUCCCGCGGUUGAUACCUGCUGGGAAAGGAAGAGACGGCGUUGAUAACUUUCACGCCUCACCUCCGUUUGAACCGUAAAUCACGGUCACGCCUCGAGUCGAGCGCCAUCGCAGCACGACACCUAACG